AUGAACGCCACUUCUCGUCUCAUCUGCCCCCUCCCUCGCCGUGUCGCUCAACUGAAGGGCGCCCAAGACAUCAAGGUUGCGCCCGCGCGCCUCUACAUCAAGAAGGGCAACCCCCUCCCCCCCUCCAAGCUCCACCUCCAGCAGGUCGCCGACACGACGACGAAGCGCAAGACCCUCGCGGAGGACCCCGCGACUAACAAGCAUGUGCGCUUCGACACGGACCCCGGCGUCAAGCUUGUCGCCGGACAGUUCAAGAAGGUUCUCGUCCUCGAGGACGAGAAGAAGGUUUCCAUCAAGGGCCUCCUUCGCAAGGGAAAGUCGAGUGGAGGAGUGGCUGAGGUCGACGUCGACAAGGAGACGUACACCCACUACAAGAUUGCGCGCAAGAGCCUGAUUCGCGGCGACGUCCUCGACCCCAAGUUCUUUGCCCCGAAGGUUCCCCGCAAGCACACUCGCCAGCGCCGCACCGUUCGUGGUCUCCCCCACUGA